AGGGAGCCGCAGCAGAGGCAUGAAAGAACCACAUGCGGCUCCGGAGCCGCAGGUUGCUGCUCCUUGGGAUAGGCAGACGAAACUGCCAAAUCCUUCUGAGCAUCUGACUGGCCGACCAUUUUUUAAACCCAUCCAGGGAAAGGAAGGACUUGUCCCCCUUGCUUUUCUUUCUUUGUACACUGAAUUUCAACUUUAUUUCUUUCUUUUCUUAUUCUUUUCCAGGGACCGGUUUGAGGAAGAGCGCUCUGCUUUCCUGGUGGCGCUCCAGCUUCCUGCUGCCGGCAUUUGGGGGGCUCCCAUUAUGACAGAAGUCCCAGCCUUCUGAGCUCAGAAUGCUUGUGCUGGCUCCAGCUCUUCGUUUAGGACCCCGGGACCAUGGCUGAGAAGGACCUCAGGAGAGCCCUGAGCUCUUCCCUCCACAGCGACGAUCUCUUGAGCGACAUGGAGCUGCUGCCGGCCUCGGAGCCCCCCACCCCUGGACAGCAGGUGCCUCGUUCUCCGCUGGCCACCCCGUACACCUCCAAAGUCACCACCCAGCUCUACGCCUCCCUUCACCAGAGCCGGCAGGCCGAGGCUCUGGCCUCUUCUCGGCUGGAGGGACAGCACGGCUCGGCCCCGGCUAGGAAAGCCAUGGAGGCCGACGUCGAUCUGGACACUCUGGCGGAGGAGCUCAGCCAUCGCCUUUCCGCCGGCGUGGAGGCCAGCGCGUUUAGGCAGGGCGCCGUGGGCGAGUCCCGCCACAUUUCGGAGAUGGAGAACGUACGGUGUCACCUGCAGAGUAUGCUGCGGGGAUCCAGAGAUGUUCCUGCGCCCGAUUUCUGCGCGAUGCCUCCCCUCCGGGGUCUCUGGCCAGCUUCGAGGAUCUCUUCCCCCGUUACACCAGCCUGCGCCUGGGUCACUUCCACGAUCAGGUCGCCCAGCUGGAUCCCCGCUUGCUAAAAGACGCUCUGGAGAAAGAACAGGCUCGGCGGAAAGUGAGUUGGACUCGGGGACCCGCCGGCGGGGUGGGGGUUGCAAAGGGGGGCGUGGGUAAGCAAGGCCAUGGUGCCUUGAACCAGGCGCCUUCCUAACUGGGCUUGAGAAUGCUAGUUUGGGUCGCCUUGUUUGUCCUAAAAACCUAACCCCCUGAGGCAGGAUGUCCAAUUUUGGCAACUUUUUAAGACCGACAAGAUAUAUUACACUUACUGCAUACCCACCGUCUAUUAAGAAAGUCACCCUAUGGGGCUGGCUGGGGAAUUCUGGGAGUUG